AUGGAAAAGUACAACGUUGACGUGCUAGCGGUCCAAGAAGUACGGUGGCAAGGAUGUGGUGAAAUUGAAUGCAACGGUACAAAAUUCCGUUUUAGUGGUAACGCUGAAAGGUCUGGUAGGUCGGGGACUGGAUUUCUGCUUAACAAACGAGUGGAAAAAUCGUUUUUGGGCUUCAGACCAAUAAAUGACAGAAUAUGUGUAAUCUCCCUUAAAGGAAUGUUUAGCAAAUUUACGCUGAUAAAUGCCUAUGCUCCAACAGAAGACGCAGAUGAUAUCGCUAAAGAGACCUUUUAUACAGACUUAGACGAGACAUUGAGCAAAAUUCCAUCACAUGAUACAAAAAUAUUACUUGGAGACUUCAAUGCAAAAAUUGGAAGAGAACAAUACAUUUCUAAUGUAGCUGGCUUACACUCACUACACACCGUGUCAUCAGACAAUGGUAAACGGUUAUGUCAGCUCGCAACUGGCUCCGGUAUGUACAUUAGCAGCACGCAUUUUCCACACAAAAACAUUAGACAUAUCACGAACUAUACCAAUAUAAAUGAGCAUUGGAAAGUUUUUGCAAAUUCAAUCACAAAAGCAGCAGAAGAAACCGUUGGUGUGAAAAGAAAUCGUAGACACAACAAUUGGUUUGAUAACGACUGUGCAGUCGCAGUGGAAGCUAGGUAG